AGGAACAAAUCGGACAGCAGCAGCAACAGCAACAACACGAUACAAUACAACAGAGAAGCAACAGGAUAGCAUUGGUUGGUGGUUUCUUAGGUUAGGACUUCGAUAGCGGUAGCAAGAAGCACGAUGGCGGCAACCGACUUUUCCUCGUUGAGGGACGAAUACGAUAACUUUUUGCGGCAAGAGGUGAGUAUGCGCCGGGGUUCUUUCGAGGUCAGCAAGACAGCACAAAGAUAGCGUCGACGAAGAACCUUACAACCUUUUCCUAACCCUUGUUCUCAUGGCUCUAAUUCUACCGGCGACACGAAACGAUUCGAAACAAAACAAAUAAAACAAAACACAACAACCACCAAUCCGAUGAAACGGAUCCAACCCAACGAACCCGACCAAUGCAAUAACAAACAUAACAACAACAACAACAACCACAGCGCUUCCAGUACGUCGACAAAAUCAGCACGGUCCUCGACGACUACGCCCACCGCAGCAAGUCGCUGAACGUGGAGGGAUGGGGCUGCCCCCGGGUGGAGAUCCGCAUGGCGGAGCUCCGGUCGAUGGGAAACGGCGGGCUCUCGCAGCGCCUGCGCACGGACCCCCUCCCCCACAUCCGGGCCCUGGAAUCGGCCUGCCACGAGGUGGCGGUGGAGGCCCGGCCGGGAUACGACAAGAACGGUACGAACAGAUCAACGGGACGCGACGCGACGCGAUGCUACGCGAGUGUAGUGUAGUGUAGUGCGGUGCGAUCUUGCACGAUUUCUCACUUUCUGUUUCUUUGUUUGUUUCAUCGAAAACGUUGAUUUCACUACCCAUUUCCAUUCCCAUUUCCAUAUCAAUGCCAAUGCCAAUGUCAAUGUCAAUCUCGCUGCAAAUAUCAAUGCCAACGACUCUUUAGGAAUCAAAAUCAAGGUCGCCUUCUCGGGCCCCGUGGGUGCAAAGCCCAUGAGCCCCCGGAGCCUCACCUCGUCCUCCCUGAGACAACUCGUAUGUGUUGAGGGAGUUGCCACCAAAGUGUCUGCGAUCAAACCAAAGAUUGUUCGUUCCGUACACUACUGCCCCGAAACAAAACAGCACCUGGAGAGAGAAUACAGGGAUGCCACCGAUCCCGAGCUCGGCCUCCACGCCAUCGAUGCCCAGGGAAGAGAACUUCCGGACCGAAUGAUCGGAAUCACCCCCACAGCCUUUCCCCAGAAAGACAAGGACGGGAACCCACUCGAGACCGAGUUUGGUCUGUCGGAAUUCAAGGACCACCAAACGGUCGUCCUUCAGGAGAUGCCGGAGCGGGCACCGAUGGGACAGCUGCCCCGAUCGGUCGAGCUCAUCCUGGACCACGAUCUGGUGGACAAGAUCAAGCCCGGGGACCGUGUGCAGAUCGUGGGCGUCUACCGAGCCCUGUCCAGAUCGGGAAACAAUCCGUCCGGAGGCGGGGGGGCCUUCAAGACGGUGGUCUUGGUCAACAACGUGCAGAUUCUCGGGCGGGACACCAGCCAGCUGACCUUUUCGCCACAGGACGUGCGCAUGAUCAAGGAACUGGGAAAGAAUCCGGACAUCUUGUCGAUCCUAGGAAGGAGUCUGUCGCCCUCGAUCCACGGCCACUCCGUCAUCAAGAAAGCCCUGGCGCUGCAGCUGCUCUCGGGAUGCGAGAAGAACCUGAAAAACGGCACGCAUCUGCGUGGAGACAUCAACAUUCUCAUGGUGGGCGAUCCAUCGACGGCAAAGAGCCAGCUGCUUCGAUCCGCCAUGACGAUUGCCCCACUCGCCGUGUCGACCACCGGAAAGGGAAGUUCCGGUGUUGGUUUGACCGCCGCGGUCACAUCCGACGCGGACACCAACGAGCGGAGGUUAGAAGCCGGAGCAAUGGUCCUCGCCGAUCGUGGUCUCGUGUGCGUGGACGAAUUCGACAAGAUGGGGGAAAACGAUCGGGUUGCCAUCCACGAAGCUAUGGAACAGCAGACGGUGACCAUUGCCAAGGCCGGGAUCCAUGCCAGUCUCAACGCGAGGUGUUCCGUCCUCGCCGCUGCCAACCCCGUCUACGGGCAGUACGAUCGCUCCCGAAGGAUCCAGGAGAACAUCGGGCUCCCGGAUUCACUGCUGUCUCGUUUCGAUUUGCUCUUUGUGGUUCUCGACCAGAUGGACCCGGAAACGGACCGCAAGAUUGCCAACCACGUCAUCCUGGGCCACCGGUACCGGUCGGACCGCGGAGGUGCCGGGCACGAUAGCGACUACGACGACGAAGACGAGGACUCGGACGACGACAUGGACGACGGGGACAAGGUCCAUUCGAUAUGGCAGCGGAAUCGACAGGGCUCCGACCCGAGCGAAGCCGCGGACCCGCACUCGAGCGAUAUUUUGCAGCACGACUUUUUGCGGAAAUACCUCCACUUUGCUAAGACGCGGAUGAAGCCCCACCUCACCGAGGGCGCCCGCGAGUUCAUCGCGAACCGGUACGCCGAGAUGCGGUGCCGCCAGGACGAGAGGACGCUGCCGGUAACCGCCCGUACGCUCGAAACCGUCAUCCGCCUCGCCACGGCCCACGCCAAGGCGCGGCUGAGCGGCGUGGUGGAGGCGGCGCCGGACUGCGAGGCCGCGAUGGACGUGCUGGGCUUUGCGCUGUACCACGAAUCCGGGGGAGACAAGAACCAAAACGACGAGCCGAGCGAGGGGCUCACCGACGGCAACGAGCAGGCGGCCGCCGAGGUGUCGGACGACGGGGAAGCGUCGUCCGCUUCCGGGGAACCCUCCGCGAAGCGAAGGCGCACGGCCGUGACCGACGACGACAACGACGACGACGACGGGGAGAACAAACUGAAGGGCCAGAUCCUCGCCGAGCUCGCGCAGAACGAUGGAUACCUGCCCAUCGACGAGAUCUUGCCGAGCCGAGACGACCGCGACGAAAUCCUCAGGCUCGUCGAAACGCUCGUGUCCGAGGGGAAGGUCAUGACGGAACAGAACGACGAGGGGACGCUGGACGUCUUUCCCGUGUCCGAUUAGGCAUUGGCCUGCGUGCGUCCUCUGUCUCUUUUUCUAUGCAUUUGCUGGCUCUCGCGGGCCCACGGUGGGCACCUGCGCACAAAAUGCUCGAAUUCAACAUCCUAAAAAUAUGUACUCGUUAAACCAAUCCAUCGAACCGGACCGAAUCAAAUCAAAUCAAAUAG